AAAUGAGACGGAAAAGCUAUUUUUGGUUACGAUGUUCUGGAUCGAUAAAAGAGGAACAGUGAGCGGUUUUGUACUUUUUUCUUCCCUUUGUCGGGGAAAAAGCGUCGCCUGCUUAAAUAGGCAAAUGGUGAUUUUUGCUAUUUAAGCAGACCGUUGGCAGCUUGUCUCUGUGUCAUUUCUUUUUUGUACAGCUCUCUCUCUCUUUUCUUUUCUUAUCCUCUAUAUAUCCUCUUUCUCACAAAUGACCUCCCCUUCCCAAUAUAUUGUGGAUGACUGGUUCUAUAUCCAAUCAAUUUCAACCCACGACGUGAUCACUGCAUGUUCGACCGACCUCACUUCAGCAUUACGAUCUCAGGUUUACGUCAAUCCACCCAAAUGCUGCGAUGAGGAAUUAUGGCGUUGGGAUGGUCAAUAUAUCCGUAACAAAGCAACCGAUUUCGUACUCGAUAUCCGUAAAGGUCGCUUAAGGUUGAUUGAAGACACUGAAAUUUGUCUGUAUCAUGCCAAACCACAAGAAGAAGCCCAAAAUCAACUGUGGGGUGUACGAGAAACUUCUACCGGGUGCUUUAUUUAUUCUGUUUGCAAUGAAGAUUGGGUGCUCGAUAUCCAGGCCAACGAUCAGGGCAACAAAUUGAUCCUAUUCCCGUUCCAAUACGUCGAUAAUGAUAAUCAACAGUGGAUGUUUGUGUCAGUCACGGAUAUGGAGGAAGGUACCCAUCCUCUGUGUACGGCAACAGGCGAGAUCACACCCCCCAUGUCCAUGUCCUCCUCUCCCUCUCAUGAUACAAUGCAAGCGCUUUCACCACCUGUCAAACGCGGAUCGCAAAGUUCUCUCCAUUCAGUCUCUUUAACCUCAUUCAAGGAAUCUCAUCAGAUCGUGUAUCUUGAACGAAAUCCCCGGCUAAGCGACAAGACGAUUGCUAUGGCAGCAGCGUAUCAGGCGUGGAAAUCAUGGAAGAGUGAUCAGGUGUCUUCAACCGAGCCUAUCCUUCCGGAAUCACUGGGCAGUAUCCGUGGACAGUUGCAAAAUAGAGCUCAAACGGAAGCGGAAGCUAUUUUUCAGCAAUGCGAUCAGCUGAACAAUCACAAGGAAACUGCAUCCGCUUUGGCAGGCCGAUUGGUGAUUCAACUCUUGGAACAAACGCCGCCAUCACCUUGAAUACCAUUUUAGGCGCUCAACGCUCUAAUUCCCAAAAUGGCAAUUUGCCAUCUUUUUGUAAUUUUUUCACCUCCAAGCCAAAAAAAAAACCACACCAAUCUCCGUUUCUUCACUCGUACAUAUCACUUUCUUUUUUUCUGUAAAUAAAUAUUGUUCCCUCAAAAAGGUGCGCCAAAGGCAUCUGUCAAUAUUCAU